UCUCCCUGUGUCUGGGAGCUCCUUUUCUCUCUCUCUCUCUCCUGCGCAGAAAGGACCGGCGAGCGAGAGGGAGGAGGGAGGAGGGGGAGCUGGCUCGUGCGUCUCCCAGUCAGACCGCCAGCCGCGGGCUCGCUGUCAGUGCGCUCUGGAAGCCUGUUCCCUCCCCCUCUCUCUCCCAAUCCGUGCCAGGAUCCCGGACUCCGGACCCCAGGCAGCCUGCAUCCCCGGCUCUCCCUACCCUCUCUCUCUCUCUCCUCCUCCUCCUCCUCGCCGCAGACGGAUCAUGUUGACGUCUCUGCUUCUCCACCUGGCUAGCGCAGCAGCCCUGAUCCGAGUGUCAGAGCAGGGUCCUCACCAGCGCACUCUGCUGAAGGAGCUGCUGAAAGACUAUAACAGGAUGGAGCGUCCAGUGGGCAACGACUCUCUGCCCCUGACUGUCCACUUCACCCUCAGCCUCAUGCAGAUCAUGGACGUGGUCUGUCUGCCUGACUGUAGCUGUACCUGCCUGUCUCUGAGACUCCCCAUCUUAAGCUUAGACCUGCUUUUGCUGAGAGUACCCCCCUUUUUCGGAGGAGACCCCACGGCCUGUGUUGUCUGUGUAGGGGUGCCAGGCAAUCGCAACGAGAUUUUCUACGACUGCUGCAAGGAGCCGUACCCCGAUGUCACCUUCGUGGUGACCAUCCGGCGCCGGACGCUGUACUACGCCCUGAACCUGCUCAUCCCCUGCGUGCUGCUGUCCUCCAUGACGCUGCUGGUCUUCGUGCUGCCCGCGGACUCGGGGGAGAAGAUCUCGCUGGGGAUCACAGUCCUGCUGUCUCUCACCGUCUUCAUGCUGCUGGUUGCCGAGAUUAUGCCGGCGACGUCUGACUCCAUCCCUCUCAUCGGCCAGUACUUCGCCAGUACCAUGAUCAUCGUGGGCAUGUCCGUUGUGGCUACAGUGGUGGUUCUGCAGUACCAUCACCACGACCCGUCUGGGGGAAGGAUGCCCAAAUGGGUGGAGCUCAUCCUGUUCCAGUGGGUGGCCUGGUUCCUGAGGAUGAAGCGUCCCGGAGAGGAGGGGCUCCCGGAGAGGCCCCCCUGCACCCCGAACCUGCGCCGGUGCUCCUCGGGCUCCGGGACGGGCAGCCUUCACUGCUCCCCCAACCCGGACCCCAUCCUGCACCCCCUGCACCCCCAAAACCUGCCCUCGCUCAGCCCCCACGCCCAGCUCCACGCCCAGCUCCACGGCCUGCACCCCUCGCAUGGCAGCACCCAUAACGGGAACCUGCUGUACCUGGGCUUCCAGAACCUGGACGACCCGCCCGUGAUCACGGCCCCCCAGCGGCCCCCCAGGAAGGGCGGGCCCGGGAGCAGCGGGAGCCCGCCGCCCCACGUGCCCCCCCAGUUCGGCAGCCCCCUCCCGCACCUCCAGGCCAUGGGGGUGCCCAGCCUGAACGGGGAGAGCGUGGGCGGGGGCAGCACCCUGUCCGCCGGCUGCGGGGGGGCGCCCGGCGGGGGCUGUCUGGGGGUGUGCCCGGCCGGGAUCGGGGACCCCCAGCUGCAGGCCAUCCUGGAGGAGGUGCGCUUCAUCGCGGACCGGUUCCGGGAGCAGGACGAGGGCGAGACGGAGUGCGAGCAGUGGAAGUUCGCCGCCGCCGUCAUCGACCGGCUCUGCCUGGUGGCCUUCAGCAUCUUCAACAUCGUCUGCACCAUCUCCAUCCUCAUGUCAGCCCCCAACUUCGUGGAGGCUGUGUCCAAGGACUUCAUCUGAGAGAGAGACGGGAGAGAGACGGGAGAGAGACGGGAGAGAGACGGGAGAGAGACGGGAGAGAGACGGGAGAGAGACG